AUGCCAGUGUCCCCAGAAACCAUCCGAGAAGAGCGUGCCGUGUCGAGCAAACUAAAGCUCCUUCGCGCCGCAAAUGUUCUAUCUUUCUUGUUCGUUUUUAUUGCCAAUGUUAUUGCCCUUACCUGUCAUCCUUCUUCUAUUGAUAUCCAUAAAAAACAUAUGACAUACUUUUCACCUUCCCUGAUCUUUUUUAGUGACUAUUCUAGUAUGAAGCGACUUGUGACCCAAGGAAUAGGUGGCUUAUUUGUUUUAAGCAAUAUACUAGUGUUCGGCUGGCUAGUGUUCUGGAUGCUAGAACGAUUUAUUAUUAGCGAGGUUUUCAUAAUUCUUAACCUAUUGGUCAUAUCCAAGAUCCACCACAAUCUUGUUGUUCAAUUUCCACCUUUUUCGUUUCCUUCCUCUCAAGUCUCCAAGGUUGCUUAUUUCGCACACACACCGUUCUCUAUGUACCUAGGAGCCACCUUUUUAGACUUUUUUCAUAAUGGAUUCGUUGCGUUUACCGCUAACAAAGAAACAGAAAUAGUAUUAGCUAUUAUUUCUGCUUGGCUUCUUGCAAUUCUUGGUUUUGCUUGGUGUGUUACUGGCAUUUUUAGUAGUGGAAGAAGAGAUGGGGUCUUCAGCGCAACCAUUGCCUGGUGUUUGAUUUCUAUUGCCGUACAACAACGUAACGAGAAAUAUUUAUCGGUCCAAUGCGCAAUUCUCGCCAUUGCUCAGCUUAUAGCUAUUAUUACUGUUUGGAUCAGAUAUGGUGGAAGGUUAUCGGAUUCACUCAGGUCUACACGCAAUGCAUCCAGAGAACAAAGUCCAUUAUUGGGAGAAGUAUAUUUGGUGACAGAUCUGGCGCUUGGAGGAGAAUUAUUUGAUCGCAUUUGUGCUAAAGGCAGUUAUUAUGAGCGUGAUGCUGCUAAUCUUAUUAAAAGCAUAACAGAAGCUGUUUCUUAUCUUCACAGUAAUGGAAUUGUUCAUCGCGAUCUUAAGCCGGAAAAUCUUCUCUUUACAACGGCUGACGAAAAUUCCGAUCUACUUAUUGCCGACUUCGGACUUUCUCGAAUUAUUGAUUCUGAAAAGUUCCAUGUUCUUACCACAACAUGCGGCACUCCUGGUUACAUGGCACCUGAAAUUUUUAAAAAGUCAGGUCAUGGAAAACCGGUCGAUAUGUGGGCUAUUGGUGUGAUUACGUACUUUUUAUUAUGCGGUUAUCCGCCAUUUGAACGAGAAGAUAGCUAUGAAGAAAUGCAAGCUAUCCUUCGAGCUGAUUAUAAAUUCGAACCUCCAGAAUAUUGGGAAGGAAUAACUGAUUGCGCUAAAAAGUUUAUUUCAAGUUUGUUGGUUAUUAAUCCGGACCAACGUCUUACUGCCGAACAGGCGCUUGAGCAUGAAUGGCUCAGAGAACCUCUACCGAGUCCGAUCGGU